AUGGCUCUCAGCGCAACAAAACCAGCCCGAUCAGCUCUCGCGAAGAGACCUAUUGCCGGUGUCAAUCAGCAGGACUCCAAAAAACGAGGUCCUCCACCGCCUCCAUAUUCUGAGACUCCCCCAUCUCAAGAGACAGCAAAGAAGCCACGCGAGAACAAUGUGGACAAUGGCAAGCUCCGUAUCAGCAUGGACUACGGCACAGCGACUCUCGCCGUAGCCUUCGCGUUCGUUCGUCCCGGUCGUUCACUCACCCAAGCGGAUAUCCACAACAUUAGUUUUGGCAAAGACUGCUAUGCACCUCAGAUCGCAGCCUGGGCCAAUGAUGGCACUUUCCACUGGGGCUACGGUGUCCACGAGGCGCUGAAGAAAGGAGAGAUCAAGCUCGACCAGACUAUCACGUUGUGGAAGCUGCUUCUUUACAAAGACCAUGCGACAUCGAAAAUGGCAGAACGGGCCGAUGCAGCCUUGGGCUCGAGGACACUGAAUGAGCUUUUGGAAGCGCAUCUUCGUGAUAUCAUGACCAAGGUCAAGCAGUCCAUCAAGACUCACACCAGCACGGUCUUGGCGUUGAAAGACGAGCACGUGAAGGCAAUCGACGACAUACCAUGCGAGCUUCUGCUCUCCGUCCCUCAGAUGUGGAAGCCGCCGGCCAAUAUCAGAAUGACGAAUGCAGCGAAGCGAGCGGGCAUCCCUUGUGUGGAGUUGGUCUACGAGCCACAGAGUGCAGCGGCAUACUAUACGCACAACAUUCGUGACACGGAUCCCCAGCAGAUGCGCAUCGGUGAUGUUUUGCUGGUGGCAGAUAUCGGUGGCGGCACGGGCGACUUCGUGUCCUAUAGAUAUGAGACUGAUAGCGACGCCGGUGCUAAAGUUCGUCUUGCUGUUGUGAAAGCUGCGAAAGGUGCUCUCUGCGGCUCGGUGUGGGUGACGGAGAAAUUCUUGGCCUGGCUGAAGAACCAAGCACCCAGCGGCUGGCAGAGUCUCUGCAACAAGCUCGGACUCUCAGACGCUCUAGCUGUGGCGCAAGCUACUUCUGCCUUUGACACCCACAAGCAGAACUUCGGGCCUCAUGAUACCCAAGAUGUAUUCAUCACUCUACGCGGUGUGGCUGGCGCCAAGAUGGAGCUCUGGGAUAAAAGAAUCACACAUGCGCAGAUGGUGGGCUUCUUCAAGCCCGUGAUCGCGGAGAUUUUCAAGUGCAUCGACGACCAGCUUACGCCACAUACUCGAGAGAUGAUCAUCCCCGGCGGCUUCGGACGUUCCGAGUACCUGCUCGACCUUCUCCGAAAGAAGUACCCUCGGAUCAGAAUCCUCGAACAGUAUGCUGAUGAACUCGGCUCCUUCCAUUGUGUCGCUCGAGGCUCCCUGUCCCGAUACCGAAGCAUCAAGCAGUCGACCUGGCCCUCAACCGGCUCCUUCGGCAUCGGACAGGACGAACCGUGGGACGCCAAGAUCCACGUCGACGCCACCAAAAUCGCUUCCCGGUCCUGUCGCCAGACCACCUGGGACGAGAAAUUGGUGGAGUAUGAUCGUAUCACGGGAAAAGUUCCGAUGGUGUAUAUGCGCUGGCUGCCACUGCUGUCGAGGAGCGAUCACACAACCUCGACCCGUAGCACCACUGUGACUGCCCAAACAAUCACAACCUGCGCCUGGCAAAUCACCCACAUUCCCCCUUCCCAGGAAUCCAUCUCCCUCCAAGUCUACUACACGGACCACGACAUCCCCCGUCACGCCCCGAUGCUCCACGGUAUGCACUUCAAGCAGCCCGGCGCCGCACUCCGAGACGAGUUCGAAGGAUGGGGCGAGGAGCUCGUGCUUCCGCUUGAGGAUCUCAAGAAGAUGGGGCACGAACUGAUGGAGAAUGUGAAGGGGGAGGAGGUGUAUGAGAUUCAUUAUCGGGUUGUGUUGAGGUGUUGUGGGGCGGAUGUGGGGCUUACGUGGGAGGUUGCGAAGCCGGGGGUAGAGGUCCUGGCGGAGCAAGAUCCCAUGGAUGUGGAUGCCGAGAUGGAAUUGGCGGGUCAUCAGGUUUUCGAGAUUGUGACUAGUUCGCAUAACCCGAUGCCUAGGACCAAUGUGGAUGACUAG